AUGCGUCUCCUCAACACUCGGACUCUACAGCUGGAGGAAUUUGGUGGCGACAGUGACAGCACUAUCCCACCCUACUCCAUCCUCUCGCAUCGAUGGGGGCGCGAGGAGGUAGACUUCCUGGGCAUGCGAUCCGAGCGGCGCCAUCAACUCCAAGGCUUCGGAAAGCUAUCCAGGUAUUGCGCCCUUUCGCUUGAGGAGGGGUAUGGGUACGGGUGGAUGGAUACCUGUUGCAUCGACAAAUCGUCCAGCGCCGAGUUGUCCGAGGCCAUCAACUCCAUGUUCCAGUGGUAUCAGGACGCGUCUAUUUGUUACGCGUACCUUGGCGACGUGACGACGCCUCGGGGCAGCAACCCAACUUUCUCCAAUUCCUUUCGGGACAGUCAGUGGUUCAAGCGUGGCUGGACACUCCAGGAGCUCAUCGCACCGGACUCGGUUGUCUUCCUAAACUCAGAAUGGGACGAAAUCGGAACUAGGACGACACUCGGUCCCCUCCUACACGACAUCACAGGGAUUCACGAUGAGCUCUUCAAGCCGUCCAUUCGGCGAGGCCGCGGCCUGUCGGCGCUUUUGAGGCGGUACUCGAUCGCCCAGAAACUGUCCUGGGCAUCUCGGCGGACGACUACCCGCAUCGAGGACGAGGCCUACUGUCUCAUGGGCCUUCUCGACGUCAACAUGCCCUUGCUGUACGGCGAGGGAAAAAAGGCUUUCCUGCGGCUUCAACAACUCGUCAUGGACCAGUCGGAUGACGCAAGCAUUUUUGUCUGGCAUGGCCCGACGACCACCAAGACGGCCGAUGCGCAGUUGGGGAAGCGUCUCGUGACGGGUCUUUUGGCCGAUUCGCCACUCUGUUUUGUUGACGCCCAAGAUGUACAAAGCAUUCGUACUUCUAGGCUCCCUGCCGAAGGGUCAACUUCCUUGCACUGCUAUGAAGUGUCGAAAACCGCUGUCAUCAUGCGAGUGCCGAUCCUGGAAGGGAACCAAGUUGCCUCGACCCCUGGCAAUGGUAGCAACGACAAGAAACCUGAAUUGCCGCCGCCGCCAAACGAUAGGGUUUUGUUUGUCGUGCUCGACUGCAGGGACGCCAACACCGGUCAAAGGAUCGUCUUGCCUCUUUUGGAUUUAGCUCUUGGCGGAUCCCGGGUCAUGUAUAGAUACCACGUCGGCAAGACACUUUACCACAGCGGAGAGGCCUCCAGCUUACCGGCGCGCACAAGCCUAGCCGCACACCUGAGAGCCAACUCACGGUUCCUCGAGCACAGGCGCGGAACCAUUAGAGAUCUCGUACCUAGACCGCUAAAUCUGGUGACUAUCCGGAUACAGCUACCCCCGGGUGGCUAUCAUGUCUUGCGGCUUGGCGGCAAGCGGUGGACCUGGACCAAAAAUGACACAAUCGCAGGCAGCUCUGCGGCGUCGGUUGAGCUGUGGGAAGCCGGCUUCGGGAUGAAGGACCCCAUGCCUGGCUGGAUCGUCUUCGGGUGCCGCGGAGCUGCCUUGUCGGACCAGCCCCGCCACCCCUUCGCGUUUGCGUGCUACCCCCAACCGGGCGGCCACAUGCGCUUCACUCUCCGCACGCUCGAGCGUCAGAGCGAUGAGCUUGAUGACGCGGCCGCGGGGUGGGACAUGUGCCACAGUGUAGAAAACAGCGAGAAACGACUCGGGCUGCCGGGCGGGCGGGUGGCGGUCGUCAAGGCGAGGGUAGGCGCGGCCACGAGCGGAUUCCUCAUCUCUGUCUGGUCCUGA